CUUUCUAAAAGCUUCUCUUCAGUUCCAUCUUUUAUAUUGCUUGUCAAUGUUUUAAAUUUCAGCAUUCAUGUUUUUAAUUUCUGAAAGCUCAUUUUGUUUAUUUUUUACACCGCCCUGUUCCUGUUUUGGGGACACAUAACUUUUCUCAUCUCCGUAAAGAUAUUAACUAUGGUUCUUCUGGGCCUUCUUUCGUUUCCUGUGCUAGUUCCUUCUCUGUGUUAUUUUUUAAGUUCCUUUGUUAUGCUGGAGCCUUUCUUCAUAAGCCUCGUGAUCCUCUGCUCUCCGGUUGUAUUUAAAAGUGAAACACUAAAAAUCCGAUUUCAGUGUUUUCCUGUGCAUGUCAGCAGGGCUCGCGGGGGAGCUCUGGGAGGCCUCGUGAUGAACUUUUAUGUGGGGAACCCCCCCUUGUCUGUACCCAGAGGUCUCUUCUCUGGGAUCUCAGAGAAGGAGAAGCGUCGUGCACAUGCUGCCUCCUGGUCGUCUGAGUGUAGGAUGGGAGGAGGGCGGUCCAGCUUCAACACUAAACUCUUCAGCCUCCCCCUUCCCAAGUCUCCAGCAGAGCGACUUCCUCUUCCAGGCGUCCCAAUGUCCGUGUCAGGGCGGCCAGCCCUGCCCACGCUGCUGCUGGCCGUGGCCAUGUCUUCUUUCUGCUCGGCCGCAUCCAGAGACGAAGCACGAAACCGGCUGUUGAUGAGAGAGGAGAUGAUGCGUAUUGGGGGGCAGCUGGUGCUGAAGCAGGAGGAGGAGCUGGCCAACCAGAGGCUCGGGGCCCUCAAGGAGGCUGAGAUGCAGGAGGCCCUGAGGGCGGGGAGCAUCCCGGCCAGCAUGCACUUCUUCCAAGCCAAGAGCCUCAUUGAGCAAAGUGCAGUGUUCCACAUCCUGAAGAAGAUGCCGAAAGGGGCUGCCUUACACGUCCACGACUUCAGCAUCGUCAGCGUGGACUGGCUGGUGAGAAACGUCACCUACAGGCCCCACUGCUAUUUCUGCCUCACCCCGAGGGGGACCCCGCAGUUCAGAUUUGCUCGCUCGACUCCCCCCACCCUGAACACAACAGAAUGUCCCGCGUGGGUUUUGCUGGAGAAGUUUCGAAAGGGGCUGCCGAACGUCACCGAGUUUGACCACAGCCUGCUGAGGAAUUUCACUCUGGUCACCGAGAACCCCCAGGAGACUUAUGCAAACCAAGACGCAGUCUGGGCCAAGUUCGAGACCAUCUUCUUCGCGAUCGCGGGCCUCGUGAGCUACGCCCCGGUAUUCCGAGACUACAUCUCCCAGGGCCUGGAGGAGUUCUACCAGGACAAUGUGCUGUACCUGGAGCUCAGAGCCAUGCUGUACCCGAGUUUGGCCUCAGCACCAGUGAGAAAACUUGGCUGGUCCUGCCGUCUGGAAGGCGCAGGCACCAGGGCAUUGGGUGGCCAGCCGGCUAGACUGGGAUUCCUAGCUGUCACCUCUGGUCGGAAGCACAGGCCACACCUGGGCUUGCAACCAGCGUCCUUGUCCAACUGUGCCAGCUCCCGGGGUUUGUCACAGGGGUCUCCGUCCACAAGGGGCCUCUGUCAUCUCAACCUUCACGGCCGCCUUUGCUUCCUUAGACCAUCCUUGGGGGUGAACUUUCUGGAGCUUGUGAGGCUGUGUCCUUUGCACUCUCCUGGGACACCUCUUUCGUUCAUGGUUAAGCCACGGAAAGCCUUAUGGUGUGAGUUGGUAUUACGAUCUUACUGUCAAUGGCCAGAGGAUGGAUACUUUGAACUGGAAAAACUUCUAAAUUGGUAAAUUUUUUAGAGACCUCUCCUUGUAAACACCUGUUUUAUUGGUACCAAUGUUAAGACCAAAAGGUUACCUUAACUCAAAUGAACAAAAUGGUUUGGGAAGCCGUAUGGAAUUCAGUGUCCUAGCUUCGCCUCAUGGGUCUUACAGAUGCUAAUAAAAACGGUCCAUUAAUUAACAAGGGAGUGAGAAGAAGGGUGAAGUCGGGACUCUUUCCAACAAGGUAGACAUUUGUAAAGGGUUAUUAAGGGGAGAGUCACAGGACUGGUCCCAGCAGUGUGGGAAUCUAUAGAUGGUUAUUAAGAAAUGGGAUGAAGGGCUUCCCUGGUGGCACAGUGGUUGAGAGUCCGCCUGCCAAUGCAGGGGACACGGGUUUGUGCCCCGGUCCAGGAGAAUCCCACAUGCCGCGGAGCGGCUGGGCCCGUGAGCCAUGGCCGCUGGGCCUGCGCGUCCGGAGCCUGUGCUCCACAAAAAAAAAAACAAAUGGGAUGAAUACAAUGGACAUUGAUGGGAUUAAAACAAAGGUUUUGAUAACAGCACUACCUAAGGCUGGGUGGGCCAAAGGGACCCCCCGCCAGCACCCCCCAACAUGAAAGGGCCCCAAACAAGUCCUCUCUCUUUCCCCCAGUUUGGAGAAGUUUAAAGGCCAGGACGCAAAGCUGACACCUAAUAAGCCGACCUGAAUCCCGAGGGCAACAGUCAGGCUGAUUAACCAAGUUAAAGAUUGACAGGAGGGCCUGGGUCCCUGGGGUGGACUCCGCACUGGGGACCCAAGGCCUUUGACAAAGGAGGGUGGAGGGAACUUCCCCUGACCCCUCGAAGCGGGAGCCCCAGGAGCUGUGGCACCAAAACCGCUUGUGGAGCCGAGUUGUGGUGUGAGGGUGGACGAGGUUUAUAAAGCUUGGAAUGUUUGAGGAGUGUUUGAUGGGAAGAGAUGUGAUGUCCAGCUGAGAACUCUUCCCCGACAGUAUCCAAACUGGUCUGUCCAUUCAUCCAAAUUAUUGAGUGUGCCAAGGCCUUGCCACACUCAGUAAUUUGAACUGACUUCAAGGGUGGCACUAUUUUGGUUUUCUUACCAUAUUCCAUGGUCUUUAUUGGCUCAGAAAUUUUACUGUUUGUACACCCAGAAGCAAAAGGGCUCCAGAGGACUGACACACAUUGACCAAAGUCAUAAGAGACAGAUGUAUACACAAGAAAGUCAGAAUGCAGUUUUCAGAGAAAAUUGUCAAUCAGACCAGUCACGUAUGCUUUCCCAUCAGUAAAUUCUCUCUUGAAGACAAAUUUUUUUUAAUUGAAAUAUAAUUGAUUUACAAUGUUGUGCCAGUCUCUGCUGUACAGCAAAGUGACUCUGUUUUACACAUAUAUACAUUCUUUUUUUUUUUUUUGAGUAUAACUGCUUUGCAAUGUUGUGUUAGUUUCUGCCGCACAGUGAAGUACAUCAGCCAUACACAUACACGCAUCCCCUCCCUCUUGGACCUCCCCACUACCCCCCCACCUGACUAGGCCAUCACAGAGCACCAAGCUGAGCUCCCCGUGCUAAGCAAGUUCCCUUUAGCUAUCUAUUUUACACAUGGUAGUGUACUUAUGUACAUUCUUUUUUUAAUACUCUUUUCCAUUAUGGUUUAUCCCAGGAGACUGGAUAUAGUUCCCUGUGCUAUACAGUAGGACCUUGUUGUCUAUCCAUUCUAAAUGUAAUAGUUUGCAUCUCCCAGCGCAACCCCAAACUUCCCGUCCAUCCCUCUGCCCCACCCCACCAUGGCAAGCACAAGUCUGUUCUCUACGUCUGUGAGUCUGUUUCUGUUCUGUAGAUAAAUUCAUUUGUCAUAUUUUAGAUUCCACAUAUAAGUGAUAUCAUAUGGUAUUUGUCUUUCUCUUUCUGACUUACUUCACUUAGUGUGAUCAUCUCUAGUUGCAUCCAUGUUGCUGCAAAUGGCAUUAUUUCGUUCUUUUUAUGACUCAUAUUCCACUGUAUAUAUGCACCACAUCUUCAUCCAUUCAUCUGUUGAUGGACAUUUAGGUUGUUUCCAUGUUUUGGCUAUUGUGAAUAGUGCUGCUAUGACCGUAGGGGUGCAUGCCUCUUUUUGAAUUAUAGUUUUGUCCGGGUAUAUGCCCAGGAGUGGGAUUGCUGGAUCAUAUGGUAGCUCUAUUUUUAGUUUUCUGAGGAACCUCCAUACUGUUCUCCAUAGUGGCUGCACCAACAUACAUUCCCACCAACAGUGGAGGAGGUCCCCUUUUCUCCACACCCUCUGCAGCAUUUGUUAUUUGUAGACUUUUUAAUAUUACCAUUCUGACUGGUGUGAGGUGGUACCUCACGGUAGUUUUGAUUUGCAUUUCUCUAAUAAUUAGUGACGUUGAGCAUCUCUUCAUGUGCCUACUGGCCAUCUGUAUGUCUUCUUUGGAGAAAUGUCUAUGAAAAUCUUCUGCCCAUUUUUCGAUUGGGUUGUUUGUUUUUUUGUUGUUGAACUGUAUGAGCUGUUGGUAUACUUCGGAGAUUAAGCCUUUGUCAGUUGCAUCAUUUGCAAAUAUUUUCUCCUGUUCCGUAGGUUGUCUUUUUGGUUUUUUUAUGGUUUCCUUGGCUGUGCAAAAGCUUAUUAAGUUUGAUUAGGUUCCAUUUGUUUAUUUUUGUUUUUAUUUCUAUUGCCUUGGGGUGAAGGCAAAUCUUAACUUCUCCUGAAGCCAAACUAUCUGAUAUUUUUGCAUUCGGAGGCUAAUUUUUAAAUCCUGGGUGGGAUCCCUAAACUGACUCUAUUGCCCUAGUUUGACUCGAAGGGUUCGGGGACCCUGUCGUGGAGGCUGCGCCAGCCCUGAGAACCCGUCCUUUCCGUCCUGAGUCAGUGCCCCCUUUCCCCCA